CCACCAAAAGUUUUCAGUGAAGCGACUCUCUCAGUGGUUUGACGGCGUGUCGGCAAGGCUACAGUUUCGGCUUUUUGGCAACUUUUUGCGCUUAACUCGCUGAAAUGGAGAGAACAGGAUAACCGGACGCCCCCCGGCAGCUUUGGAGGAGCUAUUGAACAGUAUCCGCUCCGUACCGUGUGUUUGUGUGCGCUGGAAAAGGGCGAAAGUUUGGAAAAUUCAGGAAAAACACUCCGUCCUGGAGCGGGAUGGGCAAAACCUCGCUCAUGAUGCUCGCGGUUCCUCUCCUCCUGUUGAUGCUGAGCGUGGUCAGCAGUGGAGCAGCAGAGAGCCACUGGCCUAUAGAAUCCCACCAGAACCGGACGGCCCGGCAGCAGGCAUGCUUGGAGAAUCAGCAGUACCCACACAUGGGCUUCUGCUGCAAGAACUGCGAGGCUGGAACCUACGUGAAGGAGAAGUGCAGCACUGAUCAGGAGAAAGGCCUGUGUGCCCCAUGUGAGCCGGGCACCUACGCGGAGCAUCCAACUGGCAUGGAGCAGUGCUUACAGUGCAGCCAGUGCCACAUGGACCAGAUAACGACGCGGGAGUGCACAAGCAGUACCAACACUCAGUGCGAGUGCAAGCCCGGCUUCUUCUGCAUCCCCGACGAGCCCUGCGAAGUGUGCAAGAAGUGCACCAGGUGCAAAGCGGACGAAACUGAGGAGCGCAAGUGCACACCCACGUCCAACACCAAGUGCAAGAAACGCCCUCCCUCGCCUCACGACCCCACCGGCACACCCACAGUGUCUCCCGCACCACAGAACAGCGAUGCUGUUGUUGCAGUGGUGGUUGUCGUGAUUCUGCUCGUCAUCUUAAUCAUAAUCGUACUCGUGUGGUUAAAUAAGAAGAAGAAGCUUCCUUGUGCAAGACAAGCGAGCACAGUAGAUAAAAAUGACGAGGUGAAGAUUCCAAUAGAUGGGCUGCCCGUUCCGUCAGAGGAGGAGAAGGAGAACAGCCACAACGCCGGGCUGGAGGCGGAGGAGCCGCGGCCGGAGUCCCGCCCCCUGCUGCAGGAAACUCAGGGACUGAGCAGUAAAAGUAUACCGGUGGAGGACGAGGACAGGGGACUGGGGGACAGCCUGCCCAACACCACCAGCUCCUCUCAGACCAGUCUGUCUGCACUGCCCAUCACCACACCCUCUAUGGGUGAAUCCCCUCGCGACAGCCCUCGAUCACAGAGACCGAUGUGUAAUGGGGAGAAGGAACCUGAGGCGUGGGCGAAGGAUGAUGGCCCUCCCAGAAAGCUCAUCCCGCUACUUGGUGAGGAGACGUCCCUGAGCAAGAGCUUUGACCUGUUCGACACACUAGACGUGCGCAUGCACAACAAGUUCUUCCGCAGCAUCGGCCUGAGCGACAAUGCCAUUAAGCUGGCCGAGUCGCAGAACGCCGGAGACAAAGUCUACGAGCUGCUACGUAGCUGGAUGCAGCGCGAGGGCCUCCGGGCCAACAUCAACGACCUGCUGCAGGCCCUGCUGGAGCUGGACCAGCGCUACACCGCCGAACAGAUCUCCUGCAAGGCAGUGGAGCGGGGCUACUACAAAUACGAGUGACUUUGAUUAAACCGAAUGGCAUUCUUGCGAACUCGUAAAAGCAAAAUGGAUUGAAAAAAAAAAAGAUUGCAGAGGAAGAGGAGGACUUUAGCCUAGCUGCCUUCCUCCCCCAAAACGGCCGUUGGCCAGAUGUGGACUGACGAUUCAUGGUCGAGCUUCAAUGCUCGGCUCCGUGUCGCAACCACAAGCGGCUUUCAAAGCCAACACUGGACUCGGGCGAACGCCAGCACCGGUUAAAGAGACAACUUUUUUUUAAGUCGCUCUCUUAACCUGGAGGGCUUUGCCUCAAGCAAUGCACUGCCAACAGGCAUUUUUUGAGUUGUUUGUGACUACAUGUUGACUUGUUCAGUGCACAUUAAUAGUUUAAACUACAGGUAGUUGAACCCCUGGACUACACUACAGUCAGGACUUGAGUCAUGGUCUUCUGCUUUUAGUUGAAGUUGACUUUGAACAAAAGAAAAAAAAAAAAAAAAAAAACUUUAGCAAUGGCUGGCAAGAGUGAGUGCCAUCAGCCGAAGUGAACAAAUUUGUAGGAAAUUGAUUGUUGAAUCACAUUCACAACUUUUUUUAAAACAGUGAUGCAGUCAGACGUUCAAUGUUACCAGUAUCUACAUACUGUAUUUGUUAAGGAAAUAUCGAGCGGCAGGGCCUUCAGUCUCUGCCAUUUCCUUAUUUAUAGAAAGACACGUAAUGUAUUUAUUGGCGUAACGUAACUGCGUCUAAUUAUUUAUACCUGUUAACAAUAUCAGAUUGUUUGGUUAAGAUUGCUAAGCCUGCCUUGUGCCGACAGGCACUGUGACUAAGAGCGAGAGCGUCCUUUUCGCCAGACCUUUCGCUCGUUUUGAGAUGCCAAAGCGCUCAGCUUAAAACGCUCUUCCUCUGGAGGUCCACAAGCUCUUGCAUUUCUUAGCAGGCACCACAGAGCACCUCAAAACGCUGGACGAGCACCGUUUGAUCAUCCCAUUGAAUGCAAACACACAAAUGAUAUUUCACUGCCUGCAUUACUUUUGUUCACCAUCUGAGGAUUUCCUGAUCCUGCUCUCAGGAGACCUCGCUAUCUCCCCGUCCCCUGAAAGAUGGCUGUGCUGCUGUGCACUGGUACGUUCAUGUAUGUUCGUCGUUCGUUCUCAAGGGUUCUCACGGAAAAGAUGAAGGACCGUUCUGUUCCUUCUUAUUUAGGCCAAGAUGCUUUCGUUCUUGCCUGGGUUGUAAAUAGUCAUAUACUGAAUCCCUAUUCUUCCAAAUAUAGAGAUUUAUCAUAUUUAUAGAAACCCUUAUUGAAGAGAAUGAAGUAUAAACAGAGCUUAUGAAUCGAAGGAACGGAUGGAUAUUAAUUUAUGGGGUUCUCUUGAAAAAGAUUUAAAAAAAGCUCCCAUUGGCACAUUUUGUGUAUCAGUCAAAAGUUUGGACACAUGGAGUAUUUUAUACAUUUUAUAUUUAAAAAUAGCAAAUAUUGACCUUCUACUGAACAGUUUGAUUAGAUGGAGCAUAGCAACAACCAUUCAUGAUUCAUUUUGCCCAAGCAUGAAUAGUAUCAAAAAGCUGAUUAAAAUGAUUAAAAAUUUAAGUUCAGGGUUCUUUAAACUACUUUCCUGCCACAAAUGGGGGAGAGUGUGGGGCACUUAUUUCUCUAUUUUAUUUCUUUGUUUAAUUUCUUUAUUUUUUUUUAUUAUUUUUUUUUUUUAUUCAGUUUUGUUUUUUACUUAUGUUGGGGGUUUUAGCUGUAAAAGAGAGUGAAACUACCUCCACCAUGUUUAUACGCUGUACUUUAGCCUAGCUAUCUUUUACCUGCUUAAAACAUUGCUCUAUUACAGCUAACAAAUAUUGUAGGACUGCAUUUUGUGACUUCUAUACAGGGCUAACGUAUCAGGCAUAUAUUGUUCACUUAUCAUGGACAAAGACACUUUUAGUCUUCAGGUGAAAAAAUAUUGAUUUGAUAUUUAAACUACAAUUAUGAUGCUAAUCUACUGCAUGGUAUCUACAUUACUCUGUUCUAUUUGACUUUUCUUGUUUGUUUGUUUUUUUGUUAAGUAGUACCUGUUUUUUUUCCACUACCACAGCUUACAACCCUAAAUGUAUCUGGUGACAUUGCAAAACACUAUUGUUUCCAGCAGUAAUACUGAAGGCUGCUGAAGGGAUUGUGUUCUAGGUUCUUGGUUUGACUGUUUUCUCAGCCAUAUAAAAAUGUUGUUUUGAGGCCCUACUGAGAGUUUGCUUAGAAACUCAAGUGAGCAGGUACUAAAAAAGUAUCAGUUUUAGGGCGGCUCAGAGUGGCUCAGCUUCCAGUACAUGCAUCUUUUGGCUCAUGUAUCACAGCUGGGAAGCCAGCACUUUCCUCUGAGUGUGAUUGCUGCUGAGUAAAGCUACAUUGGUGGCAGGUUAAAAAAAGGUGGUUAAAUUAAUAGAGAUUUAUCAUAUUUAUAGAAACCGUUAUUGAAGAGGACUCUUAUUGGUGGAGCACAACAUAGUCACCCAGACUGGGAAUUGAACCCUAGUUUUCCACUCCAAAAUCUCCCAAUCCAAUUAACCACAGGUGGUCUUACGUUUGAUAAAAAUUUGAUUAGAAUAAGAAUACGUUUUGAGUCCAGUCGAGUGGUGUAGGUACCAUGCAGUGGAAAAGUUUUUUUUGUUUGUUUUUUUUUUGUUUUGUUUUGUUUUUUUUAUUAUUAUUAGUUUGUGCCCCGCUCUCCCCUAAUUAAGCCCUUCCAAUGAAGCACCAUAUUUCGAGUUUCCUUCUUCCCUUAAGAAGAAUUCAGUAAUGUUCUUUAUGAUUGUAAGUUAUUUUAUGUUAAAUGUUUUAUGAAUGAAGAAAUAGAAGUUGAAUGUAAGACAGUUAGAUAUGGAUAUAUGGUUACUUGCUGGAAGGGCUCAAGUAGGAAUUGAUAGGAUAGACUUGCAUAGUAUGCAAUACUUCACUUCAAUACAUGCCUUCCAUACAAAUGUUAAGCACAAGCCUUUAUGGUAAUAAAUAAAUAAAUAAAAACACAUUCAGUCAGGUGGCUCCAAACAUUUGACUGGUACUAUAAAUGAGCUAAGCUCGACUCAGCUAUAGGACCAUAGCUUAGAACAUUUUAGCCGUAUGAAUUGAUCCUCAUAGCUCUAGAUUUAGUUUCUAAGCAGAUCCUGGAUCAGUCGUAGCUUUUGUAAAUGCGUGGUUUUGGAAUAUGCCUAAGUGAAGAAAUCCAGACCAGCAGGAAAUGGCUCUUGGAGCAUCGCUGUGUUCAGCGUCUAUUCAAAUACAGUGCAGGCACUGCCACCUAGUGACCAAGAUUAAAACUGUUUUUUGUUUUUAUUAAAGAAAAAGAUACCUGCAUCAAUUUCAAGGGACCUGUUUCUUUUACUUUUUCUCCUGUCCUCUCAUUUUUGAUGAUUGUUUUUCUUUUUUCUUUUUUUUUUCUUCAGUUAUCUUCUUACGCCUUGAUGCAGCUUCAUGCAUAGGGUUUCGCUUGUUUAGCUUGUUUCUAAAGAGAGCACAUUCGUGAUCUACUAUAGAUAAGCUUCACUUUUAGUAGCUCCUCUACUUUCAUUAAUGCCGCCCCAUGUCCGCUUUAACUUUUUUUUAAGCCCCUGUGCACUAGCUCAUCCACCUUUAGCUCUGUGUUUAGAACAUGUCCUCCCAUUAGACAAAAGUUUGCUCAAUAAUAAAUUUAAGAUGUUUGCUGUUGCAAAUGCGAUUGUAGAUUUCAUUUUUGAAUAAAAGUUUCAUACUAUGUUGAAA